AUGGCACCUCUCAACCUCACCCCCUCUUCAACGUUCAUGCUAAUGGGAAUCCCUGGCCUGGAAGCUGCCCAUGUCUGGAUUUCCAUUCCUUUUUCUACGUUCUACAUUAUUGGCCUGUUGGGAAAUUUCAUGGUUCUGUUUGUUGUAGGGAAAGAGCAGGCCCUACACAAGCCUAUGUACCUGCUGCUCUGCAUGCUGGCACUCACAGACAUCAGCACGUCUACAUCCAUCGUGCCAAAAGCACUGUGCAUAUUUUGGUUCAAUUUGAAAGGCAUUACUGAGAGUGGCUGCCUCACCCAGAUGUUCUUCCUUCAUCUGGUUUCUGCUAUGCACUCAGCCAUCCUCGUGACAAUGGCCUUCGAUCGCUACAUUGCCAUAUGUAACCCUCUCAGAUAUGCUACCAUCCUCACCAAUGCACGAAUAGCUAAGCUAGGUCUCGUAGGUUUGAUAAGAGCUGUUCUCUUCAUUCUUCCCCUGCCCUUGCUCCUGAGCAGACUGCCAUUCUGUGCCAAUCGCAUUAUCCCCCACACGUACUGUGACCACAUGGCUGUGGUGAAGAUGUCAUGUGGGGAUACCACAGUCAACAGGACAUAUGGGUUGGUGGUAGCUUUUGUAGUCAUCGGGUUAGAUCUGAUGCUUGUUGCCCUGUCCUAUGGUCUGAUUAUCAGGGCCGUCCUCAGAAUCUCCUCCAAGAAAGCCCACCAGAAAGCCCUGAACACCUGCACAGCCCACAUCUGUGUGAUGCUGAUUUCUUGUACUCUCUCCCUCUUCUCCACUCUGACGCACCGGUUCGGUCAAGGCAUCGCUCCCCAUGUUCACAUCAUCUUGGCCAACCUCUACUUCCUCGUUCCCCCCAUGCUCAACCCUAUCAUUUAUGGGGUCAAAACCAAAGAGCUUCGUGACAAAGUGGGCAAAUACACAAGGAGAAGGUAA